AUGGGCUGUGUCAUGUAUGAGCGACUCCGUGUUCUUCGCAUAUUGGCGCCUAUUGUCCCGAUUGGGCUCUUCUUCUCCGAACAUGUCCUGGGGGUCAUGUGGGUUAGCGGGCCGUCAAUGACGCCCUACCUCAACGAGGACUACGAGCAGAUGCAUACGAAGCGCGAUAUGGUACUUGUGAAUAUGUGGCCGUGGGGCGGGGCCGGGUGGCCUUGGGAGCGGACGAGGAGGUUGGAGAGGGGGAUGGUUGUCACGUUUCGGUCGCCGGCUAACCCGGGCCAUAUUGCUAUUAAACGUGUGGUUGGACUUCCGGGGGAUCGGAUCACAACUCGCGAUCCCUGUAUGAAGCCCUCGCAGAUUGUGCCGUUUAAUCAUGUUUGGUUGGAGGGUGAUGCGGCGGACCCGAAGAGGUCGCUUGAUAGUAAUACUUAUGGGCCUGUAAGUAUUAGUCUGAUCACGGGUCGGGUGAUGGCUGUGAUGUAUCCGCGGUUUAGGAUGCUUAAAUGGACGGACUGGGAGCAGGGGCUUGUCGAGGGUGAUGUUGAGCGCAAGUUAGGGGAUAAUUAUCGUCACGAGGUAAGGGAUCGUGUGUCGAAGGAAGCGGUCAAAUUAGAGCGACCUGUUCUAUCAUAA